AUGGCGACCUUCUCCAUGGAGGUCUUCGACAACGAGGUGGUGCCGUCCACGCUCAGCAGCAUCGCCCCCAUCCUGCGCGUCGCCGCCGAGAUCGAGCCCGAGCAUCCCCGCGUGGCCUACCUCUGUCGGUUCUAUGCCUUUGAGAAGGCGCACCGGCUGGAUCAGAACUCCAUCGGUCGUGGCGUCAGGCAGUUCAAGACAGCUCUGCUCCAACGUCUCGAAAAAGAUAAUAGCCCUAGUCUUGCUAAGCGCGUGAAGAAAAGCGAUGCCCGUGAAAUCGAGAGUUUUUAUCAACAAUACUAUGAGAACUAUGUUCGUGCGCUCGACAAAGGGGAACAAGCUGACAGGGCUCAACUUGGAAAGGCCUAUCAGACUGCUGGAGUCCUAUUUGAAGUGCUCUGUGCCGUCAAUAAGAACGAGAAGGUUGAAGAAGUGAAUCCGGAGAUUAUUCGCUUGCACAAGGAUGUACAAGAGAAGAAAGACAUCUACGCACCGUUCAAUAUCCUCCCUCUUGAUGCUGCCAGUGCAUCCCAGUCAAUCAUGCAGCUGGAGGAGAUCAAAGCAGCAGUCACAGCACUGAGGAACACAAGGGGCUUGACCUGGCCGUCAACAUUCGAGCCAGAGAGGCAAAAAGGUGGUGAUCUUGAUUUGCUGGAUUGGUUGAGGGCUAUGUUUGGCUUUCAGCUUGAUGACCGAGCUGUCGAUGUGGUGAUGACUAAGCUAUUCAGCAAUUACAGGAAAUGGUGCAAAUUUUUGUCACGGAAGCAUAGUUUAAGAUUUCCUCAAGGUGCACAACCACAGGAAAUUCAGCAGCGGAAGAUUCUAUAUCUAGGUCUUUACCUGCUUAUAUGGGGUGAAGCAGCAAACAUCAGAUUUAUGCCAGAGUGUCUUUGCUACAUCUUCCACAAUAUGGCAUAUGAGCUACACGGUCUGCUAGCUGGAAAUGUUAGUAUUGUGACUGGGGAAAAUAUCAGGCCAUCUUAUGGUGGGGAUGAGGAGGCAUUCUUGAAGAAAGUGGUCACGCCUAUCUAUCGUGUCAUUAAAAAGGAGGCAGGCAAAUCACAGCACGGAAAGACACCACAUUCUGCAUGGUCUAACUAUGAUGAUCUAAAUGAGUACUUCUGGACGCCUGAUUGUUUCUCACUGGGGUGGCCUAUGCGGGAUGAUGGUGAUUUUUUCAAAUCUGUGCAUGAUUCAAGGCCUGUAACAAUGGCAAUGCUGAUUUUUGCUUGGAAUGAUUAUUCGGUGACUCAAAUCCUUCAGAAAGACCUCUUAUAUUCCCUAUCUAGUGUGUUCGUCACUGCAGCAUUUCUACAGUUCCUCCAAAGCAUUUUAGACUUUAUUCUGAACUUUCCUGGUUCUCAUAAAUGCAAGUUCAUUGAUGCCUUGAGAAAUAUUCUGAAGAUCAUAGUUAGUGCCGCAUGGGCUGUGAUUCUUCCAUUUUUCUACAUGAGCACAGCACCAAAAGUCAACUUACCUCUGAAAGAUCUGGAAAAAUGGUUACGUUAUGUGAAAGGGGUGCCAACUUUGUAUAUGCUGGCUGUGGCAGUGUACCUUAUACCAAAUAUCCUUAGUGCAGCACUCUUCCUGUUUCCAAUGUUCCGAAGGUGGAUAGAAAAUUCUGACUGGCACAUUGUUAGACUGCUUCUGUGGUGGUCUCAGAAACGAAUUUAUGUUGGCCGUGGGAUGCACGAAAGCCAAGUUUCACUAUUUAAAGUGCUCUUCUUUCCGUGGAUACUUAUUCUAUUCUAUUCAACUCAAAAGAUUCAACCUCUGAUAAAGCCAACAAAGGACGUAAUGGGUGUUCAUAAUAUCCGUUAUGAGUGGCAUGAAUUUUUCCCUAAUGCAUCCUAUAAUAUUGGUGCUAUACUGUCGCUCUGGGCUCCUGUUCUCCUGGUCUAUUUAAUGGAUACACAGAUAUGGUAUGCCAUCUUCUCUACAAUAUUUGGUGGCAUGACUGGUGCACUUGGGCGACUUGGGGAGAUACGAACAUUGGGAAUGCUGAGAUCACGAUUCCAUUCUUUGCCUGGAGCCUUCAAUACGUAUUUGGUGCCAUCAGAUAAAAGCAGAAACAGGCGCUUUUCACUCGCAAAGCGCUUUGCUGAGGUUUCUCCCAACAAGAGAACUGAAGCUGCCAAGUUUGCUCAAUUGUGGAAUGAAGUAAUAUGCAGUUUCCGGGAAGAAGAUCUUAUAAGCGAUAGGGAGAUGGACUUGUUAGGGGUUCCUUAUUCGUCAGACCCCAGCCUCAAAUUGAUGCAGUGGCCACUGUUCUUGCUUGCUAGCAAGAUACCUAUAGCAUUAGACAUGGCAGCACAAUUUCGACCUAGAGAUUCAGAUCUUUGGAAACGUAUAUGUGCAGAUGAGUACAUGAAAUGUGCUGUACUGGAAUGUUAUGAAUCAUUCAAACUUGUUCUUAAUGUACUGGUGGUUGGAGAAAAUGAGAAAAGGAUUAUUGGCAUUAUAAUCAAAGAAAUUGAAGCUAAUAUUGCAAAGAAUACAUUCCUUGCCAAUUUUAGAAUGAGCGCGCUCCCAAUUUUUUGCAAGAAAUUUGUGGAGCUUAUAUCUACCUUGAAAGAAAGAGAUGCCUCGAAGUUUGGUAAUGUGGUACUGUUGCUUCAAGACAUGUUAGAAGUGAUAACGAGAGAUAUGAUGGUCAAUGAGAUCAGAGAGCUGGCUGAGUUCGGUCAUGGGAACAAGGAAAGAAGGCAGCUUUUUGCGGGUUCUGGUACAAAGCCUGCAAUUGUUUUCCCUCCUCCGAUUUCAGCGCAGUGGGAAGAACAGAUUAAGCGUUUGCACCUUCUAUUGACCGUGAAGGAAUCAGCAAUGGAUGUCCCCACAAAUCUUGAAGCUCGUCGAAGAAUAGCAUUUUUCACAAACUCUCUAUUCAUGGACAUGCCACGUGCACCUAGAGUACGCAAAAUGCUCUCAUUCAGUGUUAUGACUCCUUACUACAGUGAGGAAACUGUAUAUUCCAAAAGUGAUCUUGAUCUGGAGAAUGAAGAUGGCGUAUCAAUUAUAUUCUACCUACAAAAAAUCUAUCCAGAUGAAUGGAAUAAUUUCAUGGAAAGAAUUAAUUGCAAAAGAGAAAGUGAAGUCUGGGGAAACGAGGAAAAUGUCCUACAACUUCGUCAUUGGGCUUCUCUUAGAGGGCAGACGCUCUGUAGAACAGUUAGAGGCAUGAUGUACUAUAGGAGAGCUUUGAAGCUUCAGGCAUUCCUUGACAUGGCUUCUGAAUCUGAGAUAUUGGAAGGAUAUAAAGCAGUUGCAGAUCCAGCAGAGGAGGAGAAGAAAAGCCAAAGAUCUUUGUCCUCUCAACUCGAGGCUGUAGCAGACAUGAAAUUUACAUAUGUUGCUACUUGCCAGAUAUAUGGCAAUCAGAAACAAUCUGGUGAUCGACGUGCAACAGAUAUCUUGAACUUAAUGGUGAAUUACCCCGGUCUGCGUGUGGCGUACAUUGAUGAAGUUGAAGAGAGGGAUGGUGACAAGGUGCAGAAGGUCUUUUAUUCAGUGUUGGUAAAAGCUCUAGACAAUCAUGAUCAGGAAAUAUACCGUAUAAAGCUGCCAGGACCAGCAAAAAUAGGUGAAGGGAAGCCUGAAAAUCAAAAUCAUGCUAUCAUUUUUACCCGUGGUGAAGCGCUCCAGACCAUUGAUAUGAACCAGGACAACUAUUUGGAGGAAGCUUUGAAAAUGCGGAAUUUGCUGGAAGAAUUCAAUGAAAACCAUGGUGUCCGUCAACCCACGAUUCUUGGAGUGCGUGAACACAUAUUUACCGGAAGUGUGUCAUCACUUGCAUGGUUUAUGUCAAACCAAGAAACGAGCUUUGUGACAAUAGGACAGAGGGUCCUAGCUAAUCCAUUGAAGGUACGAUUUCACUAUGGACACCCUGAUGUGUUCGAUAGGAUUUUUCACAUUACAAGAGGAGGCAUUAGCAAGGCUUCCUGUGGUAUAAAUUUAAGUGAAGACAUUUUUGCUGGUUUCAACUCAACUCUAAGACGUGGAAACGUCACCCAUCAUGAGUACAUCCAAGUGGGAAAAGGACGUGACGUCGGUCUUAACCAAAUUUCUCUCUUUGAGGCUAAAGUGGCUUGUGGAAAUGGGGAGCAAGUACUUAGCAGAGAUAUCUACAGGCUGGGUCAUCGCUUUGACUUCUUCCGAAUGCUUUCGUGCUACUUCACAACUGUUGGGUUUUAUAUUAGCUCAAUGAUGGUUGUCAUCAUAGUGUAUGUGUUCUUGUACGGAAGACUUUACUUAGCAUUAAGUGGACUUGAGUUUGCAAUUAUGAAGCAAGCACGGAUGAGAGGGAACCGUGCACUUCAAGCGGCUAUGGGAUCUCAGUCUAUUGUGCAGCUAGGUCUUUUGAUGGCCUUGCCCAUGUUUAUGGAGAUUGGCCUAGAAAGAGGCUUCAGAAGUGCCCUAGGGGAUUUCAUAAUCAUGCAGCUCCAGCUCUGUUCAGUGUUCUUCACUUUCUCACUUGGGACUAAGUCACAUUAUUUUGGCCGCACAAUCCUGCAUGGUGGUGCAAAAUAUAGAGCGACUGGCAGAGGCUUUGUGGUCCGCCAUGUAAGGUUUGCUGAGAAUUAUAGAAUGUACUCCAGAAGCCAUUUUGUGAAAGGACUUGAACUGAUGUUACUGCUAGUAGUCUAUCAGUUGUAUGGUGACGUUGCUACAGAUUCGACUACCUAUAUACUCCUGACAUCAUCAAUGUGGUUCUUGGUUAUCACUUGGCUAUUUGCUCCAUUCCUCUUCAAUCCAUCAGGUUUUGAGUGGCAGAAAAUAGUAGAUGACUGGGAUGACUGGAGCAAGUGGAUUAGCAGUCGAGGUGGGAUUGGGGUUCCUUCUAACAAAGCUUGGGAAUCCUGGUGGGAGGAGGAGCAGGAACAUUUACAAUCUACAGGUCUUUUGGGCCGUUUCUGGGAGAUUGUUUUGUCUCUCAGAUUCUUCAUAUUCCAAUAUGGUAUCAUAUAUCACCUGAAUAUCUCUGCUGGCAACAAAAGCAUCUCUGUUUACGGUCUUUCUUGGUUGGUUAUCAUUGUUGUAGUGCUGGUCUUAAAGGUGGUAUCCAUGGGAAGAAAGAAAUUUAGUGCAGAUUACCAGCUUAUGUUCCGGCUGCUUAAAUUGUCCUUGUUCAUUGGAUCUGUUGGAACGCUGGCAGUUCUAUUCACCGUCUUACACCUUACAGUUGGUGACAUAUUUGCUAGUUUCCUUGCAUUUGCACCCACAGGAUGGGCGAUUCUGCAGAUAUCACAAGCAAGUAAACCGGUGGUCAAGGCGUUUGGUCUUUGGGGAUCUGUCAAGGCUCUCUCGAGGGGUUACGAGUACCUAAUGGGGAUCGUCAUCUUCGUUCCUGUGGCAGUGCUCGCAUGGUUCCCAUUUGUCUCGGAGUUCCAGACGAGAUUGCUAUUCAACCAGGCGUUUAGCCGAGGCCUUCAAAUCUCUCGUAUCUUGGCUGGUGGAAAGAAGCAAAGAUGAGGUUAGUGCAGGAGGAGACGUUCGUAAGCACAGGUUAGGCGAGGAAUUAGCUCCAGGAUUUUGUACAUUGGUGUUGUUGGAGCCAUCCUCAAGCUGCUGGCGCUUUCAGAAGUUGUUGUACACACAGGGCGGUCUUUUAGGUGUUUUCCUUGUAUAUUUCAUACGGCAUUGUUACUCGUGGUACAUAGGUUACAUUUUUCGAGAUUUUUGUUGUAUAGAUGUAGACGUUGACCUGCGUGUAGCGGAACAAUCAUUCUUUUAAAUGCAAAGGGUAGGUUAAUUUUUUGUACA